UCAAACAUUCGAAGACCGUAUUAGUUUAAUUAAGGCCAAUGAAGGAAACAAUUGCCAGCUAUGCAGACAGGCUGUGGUUGGGUCAGAAGAGCACCUGGAAAAAAAGCAUUUUCAAUAUGCUGUGCACUUUAAAGAUGGUGAUUUUGGUGAGCAUAUAUUGGUUUUGUAACAUAUUUUAUUCACUAAACCAUUAGUUUCAUUAUACACUACUAUUUUCUUUAUGUGCUUCCUAACAGUUCUGUUCACUGUACCAUGCUUUUGUGACAAAAUUGACAAAUUAAAAAGAAGUCACUGGCAUUGCUUUAAGUGUGACAGGAUUUUACAAAGGCGAAAUGCAUUUGAAGAUCAUCUGCAGAAACAUGGUAGGAAUUAAUUAUUAUAUUACAUGAUUAUUAAUCAUGCUAUUGCCAAACACAUAACCUAUUAAAAUUACUGUUAUCCCUGACUUAAUAUACUUGUUUUGCAGGUUGCAUGGUAACACCAUUCAAAGACCUGCAAAAGAAAAGUGAGCCAAAGAAAAAUGAAAAUGCAGCGAGUGCUCCUGUUGGUGAGCAGAGCUUUAUGUGUUGCCACUGCUCAUCCUCUUUUACUACAGCAGGGAGUCUUCGUAGACAUGAAAAUGAGUUUCAUGCAACAACCGAUCCUGUUUACUGUGUUGAUGUGCAGCAAGGUGUCUUCAUCACAGCCAAAAAUAGUAGAGGCCAAAGAGUCCCAAUACAUAUGCAGAAAAGCACCACCUCUCAAGUCAUUGCCUGUGAAGUAGCAGAGUGCCGGGAGUUCAUGACUCUGGCUAAACUUAGUGGAAAGCCUGGUGCAGAGUGUGAGCAUUUAAUCAGAGUUUCUUCUGCUCCACCAUACAUUCCUCCUGAGCCUGUUAGAGAAGAAACUUUGAAGACGAUGCAGGAAAAAGGACUGAUGUCCACCACCAGAAUGACGGAGUGCACUGAACUUAACAGUUUAGCGUCAUCAGAGGGAAUCUGCUCUGUUUUUCCUAUUUUCUUUGAGAAACAUGGAUAUUCUGGCCGAUUUGUUUACUUUUCCAUUUAUUCAGGAAAGAAAGAAAGAUGGUGCCUCUUUGGGCGGACAAGAGUGUCCUUUGACAAAUUGUUGGGAGACUGGUAUUGCCUUUGUAAAAGCACAAAGAAACAGUAUCGAUGCGUCCAUAUCUAUAUGGCAAUGUGGUGGCUCUUCCAAGAAAGAGAAGAUUUAUUAAUUGAGUCUUCCAGAGCAGACAGUAACUUGUCAGGGGGCCCCUCUGAAAACGAAGAGAUUGAACUUGGUGUUGAAGGUGAAGGACUAAAGAAGCACCAAUUAGUUGCAAUGACCAACUAUCUCUGGGAAAACAAAAGAAUACCAGAAGUGUUGCCACAGAAAUUAAGGACUCAGGCAAGUCAGGUCCCGAUAAGGUUUGAGCCCACAGAGGAAACAUGUCCUUAUUGCCCUGGGCCCACCCCACCAGGUCUUACAGAACCAGUGGUUGCAACAAAGAAUGCGUCAGUCUACGACAUAGAUUCAGUGAAGAAAGGUUUGUACAUUAGAUUAAAAAUGAAAACAUUUGCAAAUGUGUGA